AUGACAACCACCAACGCUUCAGAAAUUGGAGAAUCUUCCACUAGUGCUGCAAAGAAAGUAUUGAAAGCAAAUACUAAUGGAGUUACCAAUUAUGAAUUACCAUGGGUUGAAAAAUAUCGACCAGUAUUUCUCGAUGAUGUAGUAGGAAAUACGGAGACAAUAGAACGACUCAAGAUUAUUGCGAAAGAUGGGAACAUGCCGCAUGUUAUUAUUUCUGGUAUGCCAGGUAUUGGAAAGACCACGAGUGUAUUGUGUCUGGCUAGGCAACUGCUAGGAGAUUCAUACAAGGAGGCAGUAUUGGAAUUGAAUGCUAGUGAUGAGAGAGGUAUUGAUGUUGUGCGUAACCGCAUAAAAGGAUUUGCACAGAAGAAAGUCACUCUCCCGGCUGGCCGUCAUAAACUUGUUAUCCUCGAUGAAGCAGAUAGUAUGACGUCUGGAGCUCAACAAGCAUUACGUCGUACGAUGGAGAUUUACAGUUCGACUACACGAUUUGCCUUUGCAUGCAAUCAAUCAAAUAAGAUCAUUGAACCUUUACAAUCUAGAUGUGCAAUUUUACGAUAUGCCAGAUUGACAGAUGCGCAAGUAGUUAAACGAUUGUUACAAAUCAUUGAGGCAGAGAAGGUGGAAUAUAGUGAGGAUGGAUUGGCUGCAUUAGUUUUCAGCGCCGAGGGAGAUAUGCGUCAGGCUAUCAAUAAUCUACAGUCAACUUUUGCAGGUUUCGGGUUCGUCAAUGGAGAUAAUGUGUUCAAGGUUGUGGACUCGCCUCAUCCGAUCAAAGUACAAGCUAUGAUCAAGGCAUGUUACGAGGGGAAAAUUGAUUCUGCAUUGGAGACGUUGAACGAACGGUCAUACUUUGAGCGAGCAUUCGAAGCUGGAAUUCAUCAAGGAGAUUGGAUUCACGCAUAUGAAGAUUUUGGAAGGAGUUCAGACACUGCUCCAGUUGAGUGGUUGUAUUGCAAGACUUUGCAAAUUGAAUAUGGAUCCGAAACAGUUCGUUACUAA